UGACCCACCGGUACCAUGAGCGACUCAUUGUCAAGCUGGCCUUCGUGUAGGUCAUCCGGCUACUGUACAUAAGCUGGUUUUGUGUCUAUGUAUGCGCGCCUUUGUGUGUGUGUGAUUCUGGUGUGAUCGUGUGUGGAGUGUCGUGUAAGUGGCUCGAUUGGAAGCUAUCCAGGGUAUCGUAACCAUCAUCUGCCCUGAGGUGUUCUGCAGUGCUUUGUUACCGUGUAACGUCAGACCGCUGCCAUAAUGAGCCGAAGACUGAUGUUAGUGCUGCUGGUGGUAGCUCUGGUCGUCUUAGACCCAACGUCCGCAAUGCAGAAGAAGAAAAAACGUGGCAUUUACCACGGGUUGCAUGGAUUUGCGCUAGCAGGUCAUGGUGCCGUCCCGUUGCAUGGUGUACCAUCGUUUCAUAAGGGCUACCAUCCCAGUCCGUAUGCGAGGUUCCCCGCCCUACACAAGGGAUCGCUGGGCGGAGUUCUUCCACCGGGAUACGCACUGUUCCCGGGUGGUGCUAGUGUAACGUCCUACCAGCGAAACUUCCCGCGCUAUCCAACACUGUACGGGGCAGGGCUAUAUCCAGGAUUUGGAGUAGCGCCAGUUAAGCCACUGACUGGCUUUGCCCCAACGCUCGCCACAGGACUCACGCCGUUUGCUUCUGCCCCAGCCCUACCUGCCUAUCCGGCUGCAGUUCCGGCAGCCAUCCCAGCUGCUUCCUAUCCGCAAGCAUUCGUACCGCUUGGAGCACCUGCUGCCACUGGAAACACCCAACAGACAUACUUUGCGACGUACCCCAAGAACCCGCUAAUUCCCGUUGCAGUUCCGGUGCAACCGGAAGCACCCGCUAAGGUUCCUGUCGUCGUCCAGAAACCUUUCUACACCGGUUUCUCAACAGUGGUGCCGAACGGAGGACUUUACCCGGCUGGUGUGUACAACCCGGGACAAACAGUCGCCGUUUCAAAUGUACAGCCACAGUUCGUGGGUAUUCCGGUGGCCACCGGAAGUGCGAGUGGAGUUACGCCUACCUUUGCGACGACACUCAGCUCUGGCACAACGCAAGUCACACAGGCACCGCAACAGCCCUGGCGGCCGGUUGUGGUGAAUCAGCCAACACCACCGACACCAACGCCACCGUCCAACGCGUACCUUCCAUCGUACGCCACCUCGCAGGGACAGAUUUACAUCAGCAGCACACCGGCACCGUCGCUGCACGAUCACCAUCAGCAGCAGUCCCAUCAUCAAGCCUUGCUGGAUCUCGAUGCUGGAUCGCUUCACAAUCAGGACGGUAGUGGAGCCUUCAACGGACAGCCGUACGACGUUGCCUCAAACCAUGGCCGGUACACGGGACCAUCCAGCUACGAUGUCGAUAUCACCCACAACGGCUAUCAGAAGAAGAAAAAGUAGAGUGCAUUUAUGCGCCGUGGCGCGCUCCAUUAGUCAUAUGCCAGCAGUUUCUUGUUUUGUUAUGAGCGUUUUUUUUUUCAGGGUUUAGUUUCGUGAGUUUAUUGAACUAAUUUAAAAUGAAUAAAUUAUUUUACCCCUUCGUCAACAAAAGUA